AUGAAUACCGAUUAUACACCACUUGUGAAUGUCCCUAUUAAAAGGGAAGAUAUAGAGACAUGUCGGUUCUCUAAUUGGUAUCCUCUUUUCAAGAAGCAUUGUCCAACUGCAGAAAUUAUUGGCCCUUUACCAGCUGAGUUCAUUGAGUACUUGGAACAAGAUGGAAUUAAAAUACCAAAUGAGAAUCGUUCGUUUUAUUCUGAGGAUUUAACUAUAAAUGAUGAUAAUGAGUACAGUGAUUGGGACAAUGAAGAUGACGAUGAAGAAGAAGAUAAAGUAAUCCAACAGGAAGUGAAGAAAGAAAUUGAUCCACUAGCCGAUUUCCCUGAGUUGCAUAGACAGAUUAAAGAUGUGAUAACAAAAUAUGGCGCAGUAGCACCAAAAAUGAAUUGGUCUGCCCCCAAAGAUGCAACUUGGAUUUUGCCAAAUAAUACAAUGAAAUGUAACGAGAUUAAUGAGGUAUACCUUCUCUUAAAUGCUUCUAACUAUAUAGCCCAUGACUUACAACAUGCAUUUGAUGAAUGUGAAGACAUAGAAGAUCAAAAGAAAAGCUCUGAUUUCGAAUUAGUUCUAAGGAAAUGGUUUGAUAUAAAUCCAGCAUUAGAGUUCCGUAUUUUUAUCAAAGAUAAUGAAAUAUUAGGUAUAUCACAAAGAGAUUUAAAUUAUUAUGAUUACUUAGAGCCAUUGGUCGAUAAAUUCAGAGAUUUAAUUGAAGAUUUCAUAGACGAUGAAAUAUUAGAUAGAUUCCCGUUAAAAAGCUUCGUGAUAGACCUGUACAUACCAAGACCAUUCAACAAGGUUUUUCUAAUAGACAUUAACCCAUUUGCAAGAAUGACUGAUCCAUUAAUGUUUUCAUGGAGUGAGUUGUUGACAAAAAAUGAACCUGUUACUCCAAUCGGCCAAGAAGAAGAUUAUGAGUUCAGAUUAAUUAAGGAAAAUAAUGUAGGUAGGUUCGCAUGCAAGGAACACUCAGAAAACCAAGUGCCAACUGAUAUUGUUGAAGCAAGUCUGAAUCCUGAAGCUAUCAGAGAAUUGACUCAAAAAUGGAAGGAGCUUCUAAGCAAGCAAUCGAUGGAAGAAGACAGUAGCAGUGAUUCUAAUGAAGAAUAA